UUUUUAACUUUAUUUUCGCGGUAGUGUUUAACUUCAGGUUUUUAAGAUAUUCAUGAAGAUGUUUGAUUAGUUUUUGGUACUUUAUUCUGUAUUUCAAAUAACAACUAGGUGAUACCUACAACUCGAAUAUUCCUUUUCGAGGAAAAAGUGUAAAUUCUGCAAAUCAGCAAAACUUUCUUUUUUCCAUCCGGAAAAACAGAGUACCUACCUACAAGUUUUAUUAAUGUACUAUCGCACCGCAUUUGUAGUCUGAAAGCAGAAUUAAAUGAACGGUUUAGGCAUUUGUUCACCAUUUUUAAACAUACAUUUGUAUAGACGCUGUGUGGAUUCUUUUAAGAGCUAGUGGAGAAAUAUAUUAAACAUAUUCACAGAUUUGUAGUUACAAUACUUUUUGAAAAAGAUGCAGUAUAUACAAUCUAUUAAAUUGAUAAUUAUUGUAUAUGUAACAAUUGGCGGAUAUGCUCAAAUUACAUUACCUGGUGAACCAGUAAAAGACGCGUUAUUUUUACAUGGAUUUGUUCAGAGCAAUAAUACUUUAAGAGAUUGUGUAUUUAGACCUGCAAACGCCAAAGAUAUGUGUCCUGAUCCAGAUAUAAGAUAUAUUUUAUAUACCAAUGGAAAAAAAGAAGUAGUGGACCAGACCCAAUCGGAUUGGUUAAGGCAAAGUAUUUGGGACCCUCUCAAAGAGAAUAUGUUUCUGAUUCAUGGAUAUGCUGGUGGAGAUGAUACAUUACCUAUAAAUGUAUUAAGGGAUGCUUAUAUUCAAAAUGGUUCGUAUAACGUUUGGAUGGUCGACUGGGGCGCAUUGGGUGAAACUCCAUGUUAUAGAGCGGCAGUACAUAAUAUGAGAGCUGUAGGUCGGUGUACAGGCGAAUUUAUAUCUUCCAUGAGAAGUGCGGGUUUGCCCACUGACAGGCUAACAUGCGUUGGACAUUCACUAGGUUCCCAUGUUUGCGGCUUAAUAUCGAAAUACGUUCUGUUUCGAAUGCAUCGGAUCAUAGCUCUGGAUCCAGCUAGACCCCUGAUCACGCCCCAAGUUAAACUGAAUAUUGGAGACGCUGGAGCUGUCCAUGUUCUGCACACCAAUGCUGGCCAUUAUGGUGAAGGUGGACGAGGAGGUCACGUGGACUUUUGUAUAAACGGAGGCAGAAUUCAACCUUAUUGCGAAAGUGGCGAAAUUGAUGCUCAGUUAUGCAGUCAUAUUUGGUCCGUGUGUUACAUGGCUGAGAGUUUAGUGCCACAAAUGAGAAAAAGGGCAGAACCGUGUUCCAGACGAUGUCCAUCUGGGCCACGUCCUGGACUUGGUAGGAUAGGUAUUCCGAUAAUAAUGGGACAAGACACACCUCUUACUGCCACUGGAUCCUAUUGUGUUUAUGACAAUUAUACACCGUAUUGUCCAAGAAAGGCUGGAGACAUUGGUGAUGUAAGAUGUUGCCUGAAAGCGCCAGAAAUUGAAAAUGCUACGGGUUGAUAAUCCGCUUACGUGAUAGCCGCCAAUUUAUUAAUUAUCGAAUUGCAGUCUUUAAUAUGUGUAAUUUAUUUAUUUAUUUUUUAAUAUGCAAACUGGGAAGGGAAGUAAAUCACAAAACAAAAGUCUAUGUACUUACCCUAGAAUUUUGUAAAUGGACCAAUUUACCGCCAGGGAAAGGUUUAUUUAUGUAAUGUUUUCAAUAUAUAGAUAUAUUUUUAAGUGAAGGUGUCCAAUAAAUAGUCUAAUUAAUUCGA